AUGCCGCUGACGGACGAAGAUGUGGCAAUCCAUGCCAUUUCCAGCUUCACAUCGCCAUCCCAAAAACUUUUGGACACCAAAGCGAAGAUAGACCACAUUCUUGCUUCAGAAGACCCGUUCAUCGACAUCCAUGAGCUAUUCGAACUGUAUGAUGUCUUGUACUUUCGCUCGCUGCUGCUAUCCAGAGUCGAAGUUUCCUGGUCCUCACGACUGACACUUUGCGCUGGUAAGUCUACAGACCUCGCAGCGAUGUGCUCAAUACUUUACUGCAUGAAUGCAUUCACGCAUACUUCUUUAUCACAACAUCUUGGCAGCAUUCACGUGGCGAUGAUGGCACAGGUCAUGCGCACUCACAUCUGGCAAUGCGAUGGUCCAUGUAAAUCGCAGCCGCCAUUCUUUGGUCUCGUCAAGCGCAACAUGAAUCGUCCACCUGGAAAGAGCGACACGUGGUGGAUCAAGCAUGUGCAAGAAUGCGGGGGUAUAUUCACGAAGAUCGCCGAGCCUGAGAUGACCAAAGAGCAAGUCGGUAAGCUGAGUGGCAUGAAGCGAGCUGGGCUGCAGAAGAAUAAAAUUGACAGCUGGCUGUCCAAGUCUGACCCAGCAGCGGACCCCAAGGCAAAGCGUAGACUCAGCCUGGCAUCGUCCGAGGAGAGUCACCAGCGAGCCCGGCAACAGCAAGCUUCAUGUCCGAUCUGCGAGGACAGCGUGGCCGUAGAUAAGAUCAAUGCUCACCUUGAUGCGAUGCAUCCGCCUUGA